UUCCUCAGUGAUUACGUACAGAGCGAGUCCCUGCGGGGUAGGGGCCCCCUCUGGAGCCAUCCUGAUGGCUUUGGGGGCCUUGCUUCCAUUUUCCAUUAUUAUGUGGACUACCGGAGCGACAGCGCAGUCCAAGACCUUGCAGGUUGGUGAUGAGGAGGGAGCUUCCAUCUUCUCUCCGCUUCUUCAUCCUCUUUUUAGAGCAUUUUAGAGCACAAUCCGCGUCUCAUCCAUGAAUAGCAGAGUGGAGUGCGUUCACAUACUUUUCAUGGGGUUUGCUCGGAAAUGUAGGCAGGCGGUUGUUUACCCCUUUUUGCUCCUUUUUUAGGGAGGUUUUGUUGCAUUUUGAUUUUUUUUCCUCUUCUUUUUUUUUCUUUUUGCUUUCGGUUCGCGGAUUUUGAGAGAUAUCCCGCGUGCGUUCGGAGGCUCCACGCGCGCGUGCUUUUCCCGGAGAAUGGGAGCACAUGACGGGAUAUUCGCACACUUUCGCCGAAUCCGAGCUCAACUCAGUCAAAGUGUAGCGUCCGGGCUGAUUCUGGAUUUCCCACCUCACAGAUUAACCGAGCGUCGUGCGCGGAUGGUCGCAGCUCCUCUGUGAUGGUAAAGCGGUGAAUGCGAGCGCUCUCGUCUCUAGUCGUGUUCCCAAAUUGUCAGCAACUUCAGCGGGUUUUUCUGUAGGAUGUCGCGCCGCAAGCAAGCGAAACCAAGAUCACUGAAAGAAGACAAUGUGACAGAGGACCAGCGCAGUCCUGGGCAGACCGCCAUUCCGAGUGAUCCAGAGAGCGCCCUCGAGAGGGCGGCGGAGGAUGGUGAUACCCGACGUCUAAGGAAGAGGCUGCUCUCUCCGGAGGAAGGAGAAGAGGGAGAGGAGGAGGACGAGGAGCCCGCGUUGCACAGCUGCGACAGCUGCCAGCAGGUGUUCGAGUCGCUGAGCGAUCUCACCGAACACAAGAUUAAUCAAUGCCAGCUGACAGACGGUGCUGAUAUUGAGGAUGACCCUACCUGUUCUUGGCCUGCAUCAUCUCCUUCAAGUAAAGAUCAGACUUCGCCAGGACACUGUGAGGACUAUGAUUUUGGGGAGGACGAAGGAGGCCCAGGUUUGCCAUACCCUUGCCAGUUUUGUGACAAAUCCUUCAGCCGACUAAGCUUCCUCAAGCGCCACGAGCAGAGCCACGGUGACAAACUUCCGUUCAGCUGUACGUUCUGCAGUCGUCUGUUUAAGCACAAACGUAGCCGCGACAGACACGUCAAGCUUCACACCGGUGAUAAGAAGUACCACUGUGGCGAAUGUGACUCUGCCUUCUCUCGAAGUGAUCACCUCAAAAUCCACAUGAAAACUCACACCUCCAAUAAACCCCACAAGUGCCCUGUGUGCCGCAGAGGCUUCCUCACCUCGAGCUCUCUCCACGGCCACAUGCAAGUCCACGAAAGAGGGAAGGAUGGAAGCAGAAAUGAUGAAUGGAAGCUGAAAGAGACCCGCAAAUGCAGCCGCUGUGAGGAGGGUUUCGAUGUGCCAGAGGAGCUGCAGAGGCACAUCGCCGAGUGCCACCCUGAAUGCUCACCGUCGGAGGAUGGAGGCCUGGGUGCCACGUUGCAGUGCAUUUACUGCCAUGAGCCGUUCAGCGACGAGGGUACCUUACUGACUCACAUUGACCAAGCCCACAGCCGAGACCGGAAAGGGCACACCUGUGCGAUCUGCUCCGAACACUUUCUCUCCGUCGAAGAUCUCUAUGCCCACAUGGACGUCCAUCAACUACCCGAAUCGAGUAACCAUAGUAACAGCCCCUCUUUGCUCACUGUGGGUUACACGUCUGUCUCCAGCACAACUCCCGACUCCAAUCUGUCUGUCGAUAGCUCCACCAUGGUAGAAACGGCACCACCUGUCCCCAAGACGAGGGGGCGGAGGAAGCGGGCCGGUCAGAACACGUCCGAUAUCGGAGGACGCUCAUCCAAACAACCCAAGGUUUCGUACAGUUGCUUCUACUGCAACAAGCAGGUGUUCUCAAGUUUAGCCGUGCUGCAGAUUCACAUGCGGACUAUGCAUCUGGACAAGCCAGAGCAAGCUCACACUUGCCAGUUUUGUUUGGAGGUUCUGCCUUCUUUGUUGAACUUAAAUGAACACCUUAAGCAGGUGCACCACGCCGAGGGCCACGCCGCCAUGCUUGCGAACUUACCGGACGCCCUGCUUCAGUGCAACUUCUGCCCUGAGGUGCUGAGUGAUCUUAAUGCCUUGCAGGAACAUAUUCGCUGUUCCCAUGGCUUUCCCAGCCCAGUGGCGAAGGAAAGCAAUGCCUUUUUCUGCCCGCAAUGCUUCAUGGGCUUUCUGACUGAGAAUACCUUAGAGGAGCAUGUUCGUCAGACUCAUUGUGACGGUGGGAGCCUGCGCUUUGACUCUCCGCUCGCAGUUACUCCCAAGGAGCCUAUUGUCGAGGUGUAUUCCUGUUCGUACUGCACCAACUCUCCCAUAUUCAACAGCGUGCUAAAGCUAAACAAACACAUCAAAGAGAACCACAAGAACAUUCCGCUGGCGCUGAACUACAUUAACAACGGGAAGAAAUCUCUGCGCACUCUCAGCCCUGCGUCUCCGAUAUCGGUGGAGCAGGCAGCCAUGCUGAAGCAAGGCGGCUCGGCCGCACACACUGCCAGCGAGUUUAUAUGUAACCAGUGUGGAGCCAAGUAUACAAGCUUGGACCUUUUCCAGACUCACCUCAAAACUCACCUGGACGGCCUGCAACCUCAGCUGACGUGUCCACAGUGCAACAAAGAGUUCCCAAACCAAGAGUCCCUGCUCAAGCACGUGACCAUUCACUUCACCAUCACCUCAACCUAUUAUAUCUGUGAGAGUUGUGACAAGCAGUUCACUUCAGUCGACGACCUUCAGAAGCACCUUCUUGACAUGCAUACCUUUGUAUUCUUUCGUUGUACAUUGUGCCAAGAGGUCUUUGACUCGAAGGUCUCCACGCAGCUCCACUUGGCUGUGAAGCACAGCAAUGAGAAAAAGGUCUACCGCUGCACGUCUUGCAACUGGGACUUCAGACACGAGACCGACUUGCAGCUACAUGUGAAGCAUAACCACCUGGAGAACCAAGGUCGCGCCCACCGAUGCAUUUUUUGUGGCGAGUCCUUUGGCACCGAGGUUGAGCUGCAAUGUCAUAUCACCACGCACAGCAAGAAGUACAACUGCCGUUUCUGCAGUAAGGCCUUUCAUGCUAUCGUGCUGCUGGAGAAGCAUCUGAGAGAGAAACACUGUGUUUUUGAGGGCAAGUCGCAAAACUGCGGUGCUAAUGGUAAUACUGGAAGCGCUGGGGAAGGCCAACCUAAAGAGGACGUGGAGCUUCAAGGCCUUCUUACAAACAGUCACGGGACGGGCCCCGCUGGAGGAGCAGUGGUCGAAUCCCAAAACAGCCACGAUGGAAGUGAGGAGGAGGUGGACACAGCUGAGCCCAUGUAUGGUUGCGACAUAUGUGGGGCGUCGUACACCAUGGAGUCGCUCCUGACCAACCACCAACUGAGGGAUCACAACAUCCGACCUGGGGAGAGUGCCAUCAUGAAGAGGAAAGCUGAGAUGAUCAAAGGAAAUCACAAGUGCAAUGUCUGCUCCCGCACCUUCUUUUCCGAGGCUGGUCUUAGAGAGCACAUGCAGACCCACCUUGGGCCUGUCAAACACUACAUGUGUCCUAUCUGUGGGGAGCGCUUCCCUUCGUUGCUGACUCUGACUGAGCACAAGGUCACACAUAGCAAAAGUCUGGACACAGGAAGCUGCCGAAUAUGUAAGAUGCCCUUGCAGAGUGAGGAGGACUUUCUGGAACACUGCCAGAUGCACCCCGACUUGAGGAACUCCCUGACGGGCUUCCGCUGUGUGGUUUGCAUGCAGACCGUCACCUCGACGUUGGAGCUCAAGAUUCACGGUACCUUCCACAUGCAGAAGACUGGGACCAUGUCCUCCAACCAGCCCAUCGGUCGGAAUAACGUCAUAUCUCAAAACCAGCAGCACCACCAUUCCCAAAAGCUAUUCAAGUGCGCCUCUUGCCUGAAAGAGUUUAGGUCCAAACAAGACUUGGUGAAGCUGGACAUCAACGGACUGCCGUACGGACUCUGCGCGUCUUGUGUAACAGCCGCCGGCUCCAAGAGCUCCAGUCCUACAGUCAAUGGCGGUCGACAGCAGCCGCAGGGGGGCUCUAUCACCCCUGCAGCGACCACUGCCCAGUGGACCCAAGGAGAGAGCGUCAGCCCUGAAGGAAAAUGCAAAGCUGUUUCCUCUUCGUCCUCAUCUUCAUCGACGUCCUCCACGUCCGCUGCAAAGACAAGAUGCUCAAGCUGCAAUGUGAAGUUCGAGUCCGAGGCAGAGUUGCUGAAUCACGUCCAGACGGUGCACCGGGACCAGGCAGGCGACAGCAACAGCGGUCAGCUGAAGACCCCCCAGAUGUCCCCCAUGCCCAGGUCGAGUCCAUCCCAAACUGAAGAGAAGAAGACCUACCAGUGCAUCAAAUGCCAAAUGGUUUUCUACAGCGAAUGGGACAUCCAAGUUCACGUUGCCAACCACAUGCUCGGCUCACACGUAUCUGGAUCACAUCACCAAAUAGAAGAAGGCUUGAAUCAUGAAUGCAAGCUCUGCAGUCAGUCCUUCGACUCGCCGGCGAAGCUUCAAUGCCACCUGAUCGAGCACAGCUUCGAGGGGAUGGGCGGAACCUUCAAGUGCCCCGUUUGUUUUACAGUGUUCGUCCAGGCCAACAAGCUCCAGCAGCACAUCUUCUCUGCCCACGGCCAGGAGGAUAAGAUCUACGACUGCUCGCAGUGCCCGCAGAAGUUCUUCUUCCAGACAGAGUUACAGAACCACACGUUGACUCAGCACAGCAGCUAACAUGGGUGAGAUCAGCGGCACGGCCCAGAACAAGGAUCACAUGACGCGGAGAAUCAUGUCUGACCGCCAAUUACCGUCAGCGCAGUUUCCCGCUGACCGUCUUGCACUGAACCUGAGAUUCAGUCUCACCGCGAGGAACCGCAGCGAGAGUAAAAAAAAAAAAAAGAGAGAAAAUAAAAAAGGCGAGGGCUUAAAAAGAACCUGCUCACCGUUAGUGUUGUUAAAAAAAAAAAAAAAAAAAACUUGUGUGUACAUAGAUUCAUGUGUUGCUUACAGCUAUAUUGCAAUCUUAUACAGUAUUUGCCAAUGUACAGUUUGAAGUGUUCCAAAAAUGAGUGGGGCUGGACGGAGCGGAGGGAAGGGUCCGAAUGAGUGUUAAAAACAUCUGACAAGGGGGAAUGUUGGCAUCAGCAUCUUCUGCACAUCUGCCGUGGUCCGAGCGUCAGAGUGGGUGUCGUAACUAACCUGCCUGUGUUCACUACUAGUUUAAAAAAAAAAGAAAAAUCAGGACACGGUGCGGAUAUAUGCAAACGCAGUGACACAGAUUUGGAAGAGUUGUGUUUGGAUCAUGAACAGAGGCGUGAAACUCCCAAGUGACUCUCAGAGCGAGGGGGGAAAUCAGCCCACUGACUCAACCUGUACAUUACUAUUGUUAAUGUUUACCGCUCAUCGAAGCCUGGAGAUUACUGGAUUUUUUUUUAAAUGUUUGGUGAUAUCUUUUUUUUUCCUUUCCAUUUUGAAGUUUCCGUCGUUUCAGGGGGGGAAAUGUACUCGAACCCACCCGCCCCCCGGCUCUCCUGGAGAGUGGCCGACGACUCGUCUUUGCAGUGUUCUCUCUUUCUGGCGUCAGCUUCAAAUAAAAAAAAAAGACAACUCUUCUGUUCUGUAAAUCCUUUUUGCAUUCAUUGAAUCUGAGAUGCACUUUUGUAUGAAACUUCAAUGUUUUGACAUUUGAAUCGAGAACCGUUCGUACACCGUUUACAGGAAAUCACCGUCUCCUGCAGCAAAAGGACAUUUAUCUCUGAUGUUAUUAAGAUGUAUUGUACAAAUAUAGAGUUCUGUAUUUGGCAGACCUCCUUUUUUGUGUUGCACAUGUGAUGGAAAUAUUAAAAAAAAAAAAAAAAAAAAAAACAGGAAUUGUUUUUGUGUGGAUUUAUUGCUGACUUGUUACUCAACUCCCUGUAAAACUGUUUCCUCACCGGACUGCAAUUCAUUCAUUUAUCAAUCGCUGCGAUCAU